GGGCUCCUAGACUCUUACUCAAAAGCCUGUGCACUCCAUGUCCUUUGGUUGUUUGCCAGUCUGCUCUGGUUUGAUUUCCUGAGUUUGAAAGCUCCAGCCCUGAUCCUCGCCGACGCCAACCAGUGAUAAGAGCCAUGCCGCCGAAACGGCGAGCCAGCACCGCAGGGCCUCAAGAGGCUCCAGUUAGAUUUCCGAAGCGGCGAAGAUACACUACCUAUGUUCCAGAAACAGACGAGACUCCCGAGCAAACCACCAAGGGCGGGUUGGAAUUACUCGAAAGAAUAAAGGCGGCGAAGGACAAAUAUCACAAUCCUAUCUCGCCGGAAUUCCUACAUCUUCCUGAUCGAAAUAAAUUUCCGGAGUAUUUCGCGGCUAUCCGGCUUCCUCUUGCCUUGGAUAUAAUUGAGAAGAAGCUCCGAAAUCAUGAAUAUCCCUGCCUCACCCUUCUCGAAGCCGACCUUCGCAGGAUGGUCAGCAAUGCGAAAUCCUACAAUGAGAAGGGUUCGACCCUAUUCUCUAAUGCUGAACGGAUUCGCAAAAUUGUUGUUGCAUUUAUGAGCGAGAGCAACCCGGCUUAUAAGGAUGAGAAAUAUGUUCCGUUUUCUGCACCGGUGCCGGACGAUGACGAGGAUGAGGACGAUGGGGAGGGGGAGGAAGAGGAGGACGUGUCUACAGAGCCUCCCCCCAAACGAUCAAGUUCUCGGACCGACCAGAGUGAAGCGACCUCUCGGAGAAAUGGACAGGCUCAUACACAUCGCACUCCAACGACAGAUCGUGAGGUUGAGCCAAGCGAGUCUUCUAACCAUGCCUUUGAAGGAGACACUUUCGAUCAAGCCCAAGAAAGAAUCAUAUCUGAGAUGAUUCGCCUGAAAGAUGAAGAUGGCGAAGAAGUAUUCUUUCCUUUUCUGUCCAAGCCCGACCGCACGUUAUACAAGGAAUACUACGACUUUAUCCAGCACCCAACCUCUUUGAGGACCAUCUUGAAAAAUGUUCGUGGCACUGCCCGAAAGAAAAAUGCUCCCAGGAUCUCGCCAUUUAGGACCUGGGAUGCCUUUGCCGAUGAAGUCAGUUAUAUCUGGCGAAAUGCUCGAGAAUUUAACGAGGAUGGAAGUGCUAUUGUUGAACUGGCUGGCGAACUUGAGCAACACUUCCUCCGGCGCCUCGAGGCAGCGCGGAGAGCCGUACCUGAGCCAGCUCCAGCCAGCGAGGGCGGCCCAACUCGCAUCAAACUCAGAGUGGGAACCACCAAGACCCCUGAACCAAGUUCCCAGAAACUUACGUUGAAAUUCCCCGGUAAAUCUGCAGAAGCCACUGGCGAUAAGCAACAUCUUGGUGUCAGUGUCGACAGUGAAUCCCUUAGAAGACAGCAAGAGCUUGUUAGAGCCGGUUCUGGCCGUACAGAAACGCCUUCUCAGCCACCUACCUCCACUAGGGUUUUGCGUGACCGGGCGCCAUUUGCCGCGAAAAGCCAAACCCCUCUACAGCAACCGGCAUCCGGUCCUCCAACACCUAAGCCCAAGGUCGAAGGUCAUCCGAGCCAAUCUCCCCGAGGAGUGGCACCCAAUGUUGCUCCACACAACGAAGUCAACAAUCAAUCAAAUGGUCUUUCACCGGCUCUCGCUGCCGCUACUCCAACACCGAAUGGCCCUUACUUGCGCUCAGCCGGAGCUGCCGCUCAAAUGAAUUCCCAUAAGUCUGUCACCCCGAGCCAGCCUUCUGCUGGGCCAGCCACAGGUUGGCCACCACGGAGAUAUGUAGUGCCUCGCUCACGCUUAAUCACUCAUGUAAAUCUCCGCACGGAAAACGGACCGAAGUUCAAUCUGGAGAUUCCUUCCUCCUGUAUUACGCCUAGACAAUCUGUGACCCUGAGUGUUCCCUUCUCUCACAACCUCUUGUAUCUCCGACCUACUGUUAUAUCAAGCAAUCUUGAGCGCCAGACUCAGCUCACUGUGACCGUUGGAAGCCAGAAAAUACCUUCGAUUGGGCCACCAGUACGGUCUACGGAUUUCACAAUACCUAAGUAUGAGCUUAGGUUAGGACCAGGAGUUACUAAAGUUGAUAUUGAGAUGCACGCUGCGCCUGGGAGAGGGCUUGUGAAUCUAUCCACGCCUAAUGGACCCGGGGUGGAAUACGAGGCUUUUACCUUGUAUGUUCAUGUUAUGCACAGGUGAUGUAUCCGUCUGUGGCUAUGCUCGACGGCAACAAGAUGGUGGUCAGCCUCGGAUUCACCGUUGCAAGGAAGGAUUGCAGCGCAAAAGUACUUGGCUCGUUGGUCACACUUAGGGAUUUACAAAGAUUGCUUUGCCUUUGGUUGAGCUUCUGUGGGAUUGGCGUGAAAGUUCGGGGGGGUGUUCCAGUGGUGUAUCAUUGAAGAAUCUUUUCAGCGGCAUGGAUCGGAUGGGCUUGGAAUUAUGGUCAAGAGGAGCAACUCGCCAUUUACAUGGCGAUAUUCUAUGCGCUCGGCUUUACCUUUCAUAUAAUAUCCCCUUUUCUCCUGAUGUUU